AUGACCUGUUGGGAGAUUGAGGAAAAGGCCAAAUAUUUCACCGCAUUCAAUGGUCGAUUUCUUACUUCGUUUAGCGACGAUCACAUCAGUCAGUUUGUGGAAGACAUAAACGACCAGCAGACCUUCUUGAUUGUGGAUCUUAGAUGUCCCAACACGAAACACCUACUGGCAGCUGCUGGUAAACUACUCUACAUCAAAUACCGAUGGCUUAUCCUGGAUACGGAGUAUUUGGAUUCAAACCAUCCAGACGCGGAAGAACAACUGCAAUCCAUUUCGGCCAAAUUAGCCGAUCUGCCAUUACUGAUCAGCAGUGAAAUUUAUCUCGUGAUCAAAGAGCAGGAAGGAAGCUACCGUGUGGAGCAAAUUUUCAAACACUCGAUGGACCACCCUUUGGCGGUGGAGUCGUUCGCAACCUGGAUCAACGGCAGUCUGCUGGACGAGCGAAUCGCGAAAGUAACUUCGAUCCGCCGGCUCAAUCUCGAAGGUUACACAUUGAAGGCAUCGCUGGUGGUGACCAGCCCGGACACGUUGAAUCACUUGACGGAUUAUAAAGACAAACACAUCGAUACGAUAACCAAAGUAAACUACAUUCUCACCAACUGUCUGGUUCAGCACUACAUGGGGGCUCGGGUAAACUACUCGAUCGUUUCGACGUGGGGCUACUUCAACACUACCACCAAACGAUGGGACGGCAUGAUUGGCGAACUAUCCCAGAACGUUGCUGACCUGGGGGCAUCACCGCUCUUCUUCACAACUGAUCGGAUUCCCGUUAUCGAGUACGUGGCCAUGACCUCGGCUACCCGAUCGAAGUUCAUCUUUCGCUCGCCGAAGCUGUCCUUCACGGAAAAUGUAUUUUUGCUACCGUUCGAUAAUCUUGUUUGGAUCUGCACAACCGCGGUAAUCAUCCUAACAUCUUGUUUGCUAGUAGUCACCGCUCGCGCUGAAUGGGACGUACCGCUCACAGUAGAUGACCCCACAGAUGGCAGCAUUUUGCGGGCUAGUUUCCGUGAUACGUUGCUCAUGAUCUACGGAGCCACGUGUCAGCAGGGUUCCUCCACAUUACCACGCAGCUAUUCGGCGAGAACGAUCACCAUGAUCAGCUUCACCGUUCUGAUGUUUCUGUACGUGUGCUACUCGGCUAAUAUCGUGGCUCUGUUGCAAAGUCCGUCCACUAAAAUUCGCAGCUUGGAGGAUCUGUUGGCGUCCAGGUUAAAGUUUGGAGCCCAUGAUACGGUGUUCAACCGCUAUUAUUUUACGCAUGCAGCGGAACCAACUCGUCGGGCGAUCUACGAGCGUAAGAUCAAACAACAGGACGGUUCGACAAAUUUUAUUGCUCUGGAACAGGGAAUAGAUCGAAUAAGAAAAGGUUUAUAUGCGUUUCAUGUGGAGCAAGGCGUUGGAUACAAGGUCAUGAGCGAAACCUAUCAGGAGGACGAAAAGUGCGGUAUUCAAGAAAUCCAGUAUCUGCAGGUUAUCGAUCCCUACUAUGCAAUACAGAAAAACUCUUCGUUCAAAGAGCACGUUAAAAUUGGAUUGUUUCGGCUCAAUGAACAUGGGAUUCAGCAUCGAGAGAACUCCAAUCUGUACACGAAAAAACCAAAAUGCACUGGCGGUGGAGGAAAGUUUGUUCCGGUCAGCUUGGUGGACACGGAACCGGCAAUUCUGGUAAUCGUUUGGGGUGCUGGCUUGGCUGCAGCGAUUUUCAUUAGCGAGUUAGUUUGGAUGAGAGGCGUGAGGGCGUAUCAGGACUGGAGAGGGUCGCACGUUGUGAAAAUAGCGUCCACCGAGUACAUCGAUUGACUUGCUUCGCACCGUGCUUUAUCCUGUUCGCAUGUAGGGAGCUCAUCGUUACUGCUAAUUCAGCUUGUUCAUUCUAUGACCUAUAAACCGUGUAUGCAGCUUCUACAUGGGGUGGCAUACAUUUAUUAGCUUCUAGCCAAAGGAAGUAUAACAUACGAUCUAUGGCUGGCAUCACGCAUGCAAAACUAGGACAGUGUGAAGGCAAAGUUUGCGUAGCAAAAUUCAACAACGAUGAAAUGAAAGUGCCCGCCACCCAGAGUUGAGUACAGAGCUAUCCCCAGAUGGGUAAGUUUUCGCCUCACCCAAGGCUUGGUGAAAACAAAACAGCUUGGCAAAGAGCCACCUAGCAGCAUGACGAUAA